AUCCUUGACGCCUGGCUUAUGCUCACUUUUCUGCCAGCCUCUGCCGGCAGCUCUCAGCAGAUCGCUGGCGUGCGAGGGCCACAUGGCGCUGACCUCUGACCCCCACAUAUGAGCGGAAAAGAGUCAGGCAGAGGCCCAAUUGCCCUACUUGUACAGCAUCUGGACGAUGCCCCGCCGCCGACGACGGCGGUUGCAGGCUGCGCGAGAAAGGUGCAGCACUGAAAAAAGUACCCGUGCGUAGAAUGGAGGGUGUAAGCGAACGAAGACAAUUGGAAAACGCGGGACGAAGGCUCGAGCAAGAGACGGGGUCAGGAACUGGCGCAGCUCGGUGCCCUUCACACUUUAAUUGCGCCCCCUAUCGCAUGGCGCUGCCCAGAGUGCGUAAGUCUGGCGAUUGAAAAACCAGUCAUAAACGGCGAGCUCGGCUCCUGUAUACUGAACUGCCACGGCUGCGACCUCAAAUGCUUCAAACGUACGUCGCACGUGCUCCGAAUUCGAGAGCAUGGACGCUGCCCGCGAUGAUCUCCAACGGACGAUCGCUCAAAGCGUAUAUGAAAUAAUGCCAUACCACUCCUUGGGUACUUGACGCCGCAAACUAACUGUAACCAGCGAGUUCGACAGCUGAAAGUUGGUGGCGAACGUGUGCUGCUAGGAACGGGAGCUGCCGGGGGCUCCUAUACACCCAACUGCCACGGCUGCGAUCACAAAUGAUUCAAAUGUAAGUCGCACGUGCUCCGAAUUCCAAAGCAUGGAUGCUGACCACGAUGAUUCGCAACGGAAGAUCACACUUCGCUCGAGGGACGUCGGGGCCGUCCCUGCGCCGACGUCCCUCGCCGGCGCCGAGGCGGAAGAGGGCGGCUGGCGGCCGUCAGGGGCCGGCCUGGCGGAGGGCGCCCAGGCCGUGCGUGCCGAACUUCAGGAGGCACAGAGCUCCGACUUCAUGCGGGCGCUCGCCGGCUCGUCCCCGGCGGGGCCCGCGCAGGAGACGCCCCGGGAGUCCUGCGGG